AGGCAGGCAGUUUGGAGAUCACCAAUCAAGAGCUCUGGCAGAUCAGUCGCACGCUGCGGCAGAUGCCUCUGAGGCACAGCAACAUGCGUUUUGGUGAGCGACGCAGUUGUGCUCAGGCUGCAGAGGAGUUAGAGAAGCUGCCUUUGCAGUUGUGCGCCUUCCUCGGGCGUCACAGGACAGCUACCACAACCACCACAGUGCCCGCUGUGACGUCGCCGUUGGAUAGCCAUGUGCUUUGGGGCCUGGGUUCACAAAGCACGAAACUCUUCCUACAGCAAUGUGGCCUGGCACCUUCGGGGCUACUGAGCAAGACGAUGGAAGAGCUGGCCAUUGAAGCCAUCGACCGCUUGCUGCAGGCACAACUCAACGAAUCCUCCACGGAUGCCGAUGAUGCUGAGCUGCUCUCCGCCUUGGAGAAGCUCCGGGACUUGAUUUUCAAGCUGCGCUUGGCUCACAAGCAUUCGGAUUCCUAUGUGGUGGCCAUCAACCCUCAGGGAGACGCCACUCGUCUCUGCCUUUGGCUGAUGUCACCAGGCGUCCUCUUCGAAGUCUUCGCCUCGCAGGCGCACUGCGUCCUGUUGGCCUCGGGGACGCUGGCGCCACUGGGAGCGUUGCAGGCGGAACUGAUGGCUUCAGACACCCUCGCAUCCCGCGCCUUACGGGAAGGGCCACUGGAAGCCAGGCACAUCGUUCACCCUUGGCAACUCUUUGCAGCGGUGUUGCCAUGUGCUGAUCGUUGCAACGCGCCAAUCGUAAGUACCUAUGGCAACUGGCAGUCUGAGGGGUUUGUCCAGGCCCUAGGAGCAAGCGUUCUGCGGUUGGUUUCAUACAUCCCUGGUGGGGUGCUGUGCUUUCUGCCCUCGUACCAAAGUUUGGACUUGGCCCUGCUUUUCUGGCGCCGCAGUGGUCUUUGGCAGGACUUGGCAAAGGUGAAGGUGCUGGUGACGGAACCACGACAGGCUUCAGAGAUGCCAGAAGCGGCCAGGCAGUUUAUGGCAGGUGUGGGAGGCGGUCCUGGGGCGCUCUGCUUCGCAGUAUAUCGUGGCAAGAUGAGCGAAGGCUUGGACUUCGCGGACGACUUGUGUCGAGCGGUGAUUUGCAUCGGGGUUCCGUACCCCCAGAUGAACGAUCCCGUUGUCGUGGCCAAGCGGCGCUGGAACGACGCGUGUUGCCGCGGGAACGGCGGUGGCCAUGGCAGACUUUCGGGUGACCAGUGGUACGAACUGCAAGCACAUCGUGCAGUCAAUCAGGCUCUUGGCCGUUUGCUGCGCCACAGCGGAGACUAUGGCGCUUUGAUUCUUCUGGACGCUCGUUGGGCCCGACGUGGCCAGAAAUCACGCAACCUCCGGGCGAAGCUGAGUGGCUGGAUCCAACGUCACCUUGUGGAUUGGCCGUGCAGUGCCAGCGGGCUCUCUGGCAACGUCUUUGGCCGCCUGAAGAAACACUUCGAAGACGCAGCGAGGCGCCCGCUGCCGGCGUUGCCGCCGCCGCCACUGCCGGCGGUGCCGAUGCCGCUGAGAUGCGAGGCAACGUCCGGCACGUCCGGCACCCCGCCGCCGAAGCGGCGCUUCGUGGACACGCUCACAGGGGCAAAUUUUGGCGGCUGUCACCCUGAGGGCUCAAUGAAGCCAGCCCUGACUUUCAUACGUAUGGAGUCCACAUGGUCUCCGGCACUUCCACUAGCGUCCAGCCAGUCGAAUAGUGAAAUCCAAGGGUAAAGACAGCACGUGAGCUGUUGAUA